GAUGAACUUCAGAUCCACAAAAGACAAAAGGAGCGAGGUGUAGUAAGUACAAGUGCAACAGCACACUACAACUCUAUAAAGAUGCGUGUCUUCCUCCGCAACCUCGGGAAUGACGUUGUCCCCUACGACCUGCUCGAGCCAAACGACCCGGAGUUUGCCAGCGUCACGCUUUUCGAUACUCCCGCCCCCUUUCUCAGACCGAACACCGUGCAGUACUUGAAAGUCAGUCUGGGCGCCACGCGCAAGGCGCCCUGGCAGCUGUUCGCCGUGUUGGGGCCGUCUUCUUGUAAUGACGCUGACCCGAGGAUCAGGAACACCAGGAACGACCAGGACCAGCAGCAUAGGGAUCGUGGUGCUCCUGACGCUAGCAGUUCUUUCGAGGGCGGUCAUGAUGACCAACCGCUUGAGGGUCAGGAUCAAGAUGAUGAGGUUGAGCUGCAGGACUCUACAAAACUCAUCCCGGACUACACCUAUCGACUGGUCGAGAAGUAUCAAAUGCAAAAAUGUCUGGGUCUGGAAGAAUGCGAGCUCUGUCAUGCUAGUCUGGCAUGACUCUUAAAUCUGUCAUGCACGUUUUUACCCAAGAGCCCCACUUUGCUGUCAUGCAGAAACACAGUUUGUCAUGCAGAAUAGGCAAGAACACCUAGAAGCUCAAAAGCUUGUCAUGCUGAGCCAGCACUUGUGGCCUCUUCAUGAUGCGCCGCCCAGCAUCACAAGUUUCCACAAUCCAUAAGAAGCACUGGGAAGCAUUUUUCGACAAAGAAGCGGUCGACGUUUACGGC